AUGACGCAAAUUUUGGAUACACUUUUAGAAUCACUGUUUGACAAGUACGAACAGAUAUUGAAUCGAAAAGAGAACAGACAUCUAAGUCGGUUCGAAUCUGAUCCUAAGAAACUAAAACUAAGGUGCCUUAAGGGAUAUUUGAUCAAGACAGAGAUAAAUGGAAGCUACCAUCGUUUAAGAAAAAUAAGGAGGAAGGCUGUAGAGGUUGAAGUGGAAAGCGUCACAAUGAAUUCUAGUAUGGUGAAUUUCAUCAAGCAUUUGAACAAUGGAAGAACACUGAAAAGAAACGCUUCCGCAUACUACGACAAACUUCAGAGUCUUUACAUGUCGCUCAAUUACUAUCCAGCAGUGGCGUAUCUUGAGUCACAUGACUUAGAAUUAUUGCUGAAUAGAAUGGUAUAUGCGUGGAAGAAUUUGAGUGGUGAGAACAAUUGUACGACAGAACGACUGGGUAGAUUGAAGCCAUUCGUGAUUCGACUCUUGGAUGAUCUCAGCCGUAGUGGCAUGAAAUUGACAUAUUUAGAGUUGUUUAGAUUGCUCAGAAUGGCCGCCGGUGGGUCAGAUACGAGGCGACUCAAGGAAAUCUAUGGCCAAUUCUUGGAUAGAUCAACGAUUGAACAUCAAACAGAGUUUUUUUCAUGCUUUUUGAAUGCAUCAAUUCCGUUGGCAGUCGGACAAAACUGUGAUAAUGGUCUCGAUAUACCAUUCGCUUUACGUAUCUUGCAAGAUAUGUGUCAAUCUGACAUCACUCCCGACAGACUUACAGAUUACCUUCUCCUACGUUUGGGCUCAGCCGUUCAAGACAAGAUCCUAGUCAUCGAGACAAUAGAGCAUUUGACUACCAACUACCACCUCGAUGUGGAGUCUGUUCAACUAAUCGUGGACUCUUUGUUGGGUGUUGACGAAUACGAAUUUGCUCACUCCGUGAUGAUCAGGUACAUGGAGGGAGUAAGCCACGAUGAACAAAUGUAUAAAAAUGGCAUACAGGAAUACAGGAUAAACGUGAGGUUGAUAGACUACGUGUUGAAGCAACAGUCUCAAUCUGAGCUACUUUCCCGUCAACUCCCAGGUUUCCUCUAUAAAGUUGACUUCAAGCAAGGCAUUGUGGACAGUUUUUCGAGAUAUUUCACGCGAGUUCCUCGGACUCCAUACAUGGCUAAAGAACAGGUGAAAUUGGAGCAAUUGGUUGGAACUAAGGCAUUCAAACAAUCACACAAAGAACACCGAAAAUCGAAUAGAAAGGUUCCAGCUGCAGUAAAUUCGCAACCAGCAGCAAUGAAAAGCGUGCUGGCACGCUAA